UACCUAACCUACCUACCUAGAGUGCAUGCGCUUAUAAAAAGGCCAUGAUCGAGAGGCCAUAUGCGGACUGCAGGCAGCUCCAACAAACAGCAGCAUCAGGAUCCCAUCUCGUUUCCAUGCAAUAGCUUUCAACUUGGUCCUCCAGUAGGAGCAAGCAAACUCCGGCUUGGUCGGGCCGGCCGGCCGGCCACUUGAGGAGGCGUGUCCGCGUCUUUGGCUCGCUCGCACGAGAAAUCAAUCAAAGCAUGUUGCGCCAGAGAUGGCAGGGUUGCGUUCUCAUUCUCGUCCUUCUUCUCUCCAACGCCUCAGGCGCUUAUUCUAUGGGGGAUAGCUCUCCGUCAGCCUUUGCGAGGAUCGUCAUGCAGAGCAGGCAAGCGCGGGUGUGCGGCGGGGGAGACCACCGGCUGCUGCGGUCCCUCGCCAACACCGGCGAACAGGUCAUGGUCACCGUCCCCAACUCACAUCUGCAGCACAUGGCCGAGUUCCGCGACGAAGCCAAGCUCUGGGUGGCCGCCAAUGUGGCGCCGUUCUUCCUGGACACCAUGAUCACGCAUGUCCUGGUGGGAGACGACGUCCUCUCGUCCGUCUCCCCUGGGGUCGACGCCGCCUACUCGCUGCUCCCCGCCAUGGCGAACCUCCACGCCGCCCUCGUCGCAGCCGGACUCGACGGCCGCGUCAGGGUGUCCACCGUGCUCUCCGCGGUGCCGCUCGCCUCCUCGUGGUCCGCCGGCAUCGCGGGCAGCGUCCUGCGUUUCCUCCGGGAGACCGGCUCACCCUUGUUCCUCCUCAAAGCUCGGGCGUCGGAAACCGCCAGAGCCAGAGCCGACGACGUGUUCGCCGCGAUGCAGGCGCUGGGCUUCUCCGGCAUCCCGGUGAUCGUGGCGGAGUCAGAGGAGCUCGGUCCCGGUGGCGCGCUGGUGUACCACAGCUACUUGUAUGGCCGUCGUCCCACGACGACCGCCGGCGGAGGCGGUCGGCGGUCGCUGGCGACCGGGACGUUCUGCGUGGCGCUGCAGAACGCAGACCCGACGGCGCUGGAGGCGGGCCUGAGCUGGGCUUGCGGGCAGGGCCACGCCGACUGCUCGGCAGUGCAGCCUGGAGGGGCGUGCUACAAGCAGAACAACGUGGCGGCGCUGGCCUCCUACGCCUACAACGACUACUACCAGAAGAGCGCCGGCACCGGCGCCACCUGCUCCUUCAACGGCACCGCCACCACCACCGCCACCGAUCCCAGCUCAGGAUCGUGCGUCUUCGCCGGAAGCACUAUGGAAGAAGGCUCCACCUCCAACUCGAGCGUGCCGAGCGCCAGCGCUCCGACGAGCCUCGACGCCCCUCCGUCAAGCGGCGAUCUCGCUCCUCCGGUCGGCUCGAGCCCUCCGUCCGACUUCGGGUCACCGGCGGAUGGCACUACCCCUCCGACCAGCUUUGAUGCUCCGGUGGGUGGCUUCGGACCACCGUCUGGCUUUGGUCCCCCGUCUGUGUUUGGCAGCCCGCCGCCAGCGUUAGGCCCGCCCGGGAGCUUCAGCGGGAGCGGGACCUUCGGGCCGAGCGGCACCCUCGAGCCUUAUGGCGUCGGGUGUCGCCAUGUUGCCUCCUUGGCUGCCUCCACUCUUAUAUCCGUCAUUGUUCUCGCCGUCCUUUGCGCGUCACCAGAUCUGAUGUAAAUUCUGAGUGUGAAUUUGGAUUAACUAUACAGAGCUAACGCUGUCUUUAGCUAUUACUAUUACAUCUUUUGUUCUUGGGUCUUGUAGAUGUCAGAUUUCAUCCUUAGGAAUCGUAUAUAUAAAUGAUUUGCAGAGUA